UUCCCUGGUACACACCAAACCACAUUUCCAUUUUUUGUGUACCGUAGGUAAUUUUUUUUUUGUUAAUAAUUUCAAUUUACAAAACACAGUUCUACAAUACUUACUUACGUUACUUACAAUACGGGUUACUUAUGCUGCCGAUACAACACUCAAUACAGUUCCUUACAGAAAAUACAAUUACUUGCAAUACGGGCUGCUUACACUGCUAACAAUAUAAUACUCUACUUACCGUAGGUAAUGUCACUGAGAAUUCCUCAAGGACAGAAGAAAAAGAGCCCACAGCUGUGAUGCCAGCUGAUAAACAAUCCAGCAGGGUGUUCACCAUCGUGUGGAUCAGUUUAGCUGCGGUCCCGUUACCGUUACUUAUUGCCGGGCUGAUAGCUCGACUUCGCAGAUGCAGCAACGGCCACUUGGAAACAAAACUGUUUGAGGUCGUCGAAGAUUCUUUUACAAGUGAAUUCAAUAGUGAUCAUGAAAGAAUCAUUCAGGAUGCUGAACUAAACAAAUUUGUAGCGCUGGAGACAGUGCUUUCUCAAGGACGAUGUGCUACUGUUUGGAAGGGUCGUUUUACGGGACAACUCGUUGCGGUGAAGAUCUUUCCAAUAACAUCCAUCUCGGCCUGGCAGAAAGAGCGCAACAUAUAUGAACUUUUGUCGGUAGGACAUUCAAAUAUUCCAAAGCUAACAACCUUGAGGGAAGCUCGUGACCAAGACAACGAUCCCUUAUGGUUUAUAAUGGAGUAUUGCGAGAAUGGAUCUCUUCGGGAGUAUCUGGAGAAGAAAGUUCUGAGUUGGAGUGAAGCUGUGGUAUUAGCGAGUGGUAUCACCAGUGCCGUUGCAUUCCUUCACUCUGAGAGUUUUCAAGCUGGUGGUAUAAAAGUCGCUGUUGCUCAUCGAGAUUUAAAAAGCACCAACGUUCUUGUGAGAAAAGAUGGCACCAGUGUUAUUUCAGAUUUCGGCCUAGCAGUGCUCUUGAAUUCUGUUGAAGACGAAAGCAAACACAUACAGGUGGGAACAUAUAGAUACAUGUCUCCUGAGGAGCUGCUUGCAACUGCGGACCUGGGCAGCACGGACGCCUUUAAGCAAAUGGAUAUCUACUCAAUGGCCUUGGUGCUCUGGGAGAUCAUUUCACGUUGCGAGGUUGCAGGUAAAUACGGCACUGUCACCCUCUCACUUGCUCAAAAUGAUAACAACAACGGAGAGUUUUUUGUUUUGCUCUCGCUACAGGGCGUGAAACUGAUUUGUCAGACAGUGCAGGAAUGCUGGGAUCCAGACCCCGAGGCUCGACUAACGGCCGACUGCGCUCAACUGAGACUCAAAGAACUGUUGACGAAGACGCAGUGAUC